AUGGCUGAGACGUCUGAGGCAGUGUUUCAACAGCCUGUUCCACCCGCUGCGGCCGCCUACAAGCUCGCGCCCCUCUUCCAGCAUAAGGAUCCGCCCGUCGAGAAGUACGCGCCUUACAAGCCCAACCUGGACUGGGUAAAGCAACCAGAGCUGUGGCUGGACGACUGGGAACUGUACAGGGCAGACGAUGUUCAGGAGGGCAAAGACCGGCUCUCCUCGCUGCCGGCGGAGAUCCUCCUCAUGAUCAUCUCGCACCUCACCCCUGGCUCGCUCGUCGCCGUCUCGCGCACCUCCCGCUUUCUCCGCUCCCUCACCUGCACCAAGCGUGCCGAACCAGUCUGGACGGCAGCGCGUCAGCGACGAGGAUGGCCAGACUUGGAAGCCGGCGGUCUGAACGAGGUCGAGUCUGCGAAGCUGGUCGAGGGCGAGUUUUGCUGCCUUUGCGGCGAAGCAGAGCGUUGCGAGAAAGGGGAUGACUGCGAUUGUAGCGACUCGGUCCGGCGAGACUUUCGCGUUCGUACCGUGCUCUGCAGCGACUGCGCGGCCAAUCUAAAGCCCAGUGAAUCCAUUUCGGCGGAAUACUGGUAUCUGCAUCCUCUAACGUUCGAGUGCUGUCUCUCGACGCACACCAAUUCGGACGGCUCGCGCAUUAUGCGUAAAGAAAAUCAUCUUUACUUCGUCCCUCAAGUCCUCAAGCAAUCAGCCGCGCUCUACGACGCCGAAGCCGACGCCGCAGGUCAAGACAAACUGCUUUCGUUCGGUUCGGAAGUCUAUACCAUCAAGCGACGUGCCUUCCUGGAUGCGGUCAAGCUGGACGCGUACUUCUUGAAGGCGAACGCGGUCACCCUUCGCUGCGAUGAUGAGGAGGAGGAGGAACGCAUGAAGAAGCUACGAGUGGAAAAAAGACUCGACGACAAGUUCUCCUCCCUGGGACUUGGGCCUGCAGACUUCGCAGACAUCGGCAAGACCAAGAGCUGGUGCAUGGCCUGCAUCGAGGAAGACUAUGACGCGGAUAUGAAGCGCUGGGAGGACGAGCAGCGGGCGAAGGGCAUUUCCGAGGAAGAGGAGGAAGCCGAAGCAUGGGAGGAGGAAGACGAGAACACGCGCUGGGAGCGGACCUUCGCGGAGAUGCUCGCCGCAUGGCACGGCGACUGCAUCCCGGCACCGUGCCACCUUACGGAGACGUCCCCGUUCGAGGGGGACCAUCGCGAGCUAUGGUUUCACGAGGACUGGCCACACUAUCGAGGCGCCAUCAUUGAGUACGCACGUCGGAACCAGCACAAGGCUCGCUGGCAAGCAGCACAAGACGCUCGCAGACGCCGCAAGGAGGAGAUGGAGACGCUCUUUGUCGGCUUACGGACGAGCUGUCGCGAGGAACACCUCGGCUUCUUCGUCGCCUUGUCGACUUUCCUCGACUUUCCCGAGGUCAAGGCGUUGUGGUUUCCCGACAACGGCGUCGGCAUCCUCUCCCGCAUUGCCAAGUCCGACCGACUCGCCACGAUCCAGCUCUUUGACCGCAUCGCCCGCUCCCUUCUCAACGAUGGGCAGCGUCUCGGCGAUUUUGCCUCGUUCGUACUCGACGGCGAACCUUCCCCCUUCGUUGACUCGGACCGGUCGAAAGGCCUCGCGCCGUACCACAGCGCGUUGAGCGACGACGACAUGAAUCCCGUCUUCGACCGCCUCGCCUCGCUCUUCCGCUGCGGCGUCUGCUCCGCCAAGCUCACCUUCCCCGCCAUUGCCAUUCACCUCGUCGACGAGCACGGCCUUACGAACGUCGCGGCAUACGCGCACGUCCCGAUUCCUUCCUUUAGGAAGGCCAUCAAGAAGCUGCUGGAGCGGCGCCUUUUGCCGGCUGACAUCUCGCCUGCGAGGUUCAAGGCGUACCACGGCGGCGCUCACUUUCACGUCACGAUGCGGACGAAGACGGGCAACCUCGAGAUGAGCCUGAAUGAGACUUGGGCACAAGUCCUCUCCGGCAAGUCCCUCGCCGAACGCCAUGCCGCCUGGCACAAGCUCGACUACACCUCGACUGACCGCGACAUCGCCAAGAUCGAGUUGUCAUACGCCUGCGUCUAA